AGCAUCGUACUCGCCGUGUCUCUGCAGUUUUUCCUGGUCGCGAGGAUUGAACAAGUUGUUGAGGCUGCAGCGGAAAUAACGCAUCACACGUCAGCCAUGGCGUUCAGAAUAAUCGCGAUUCAAACGCUGCUGUGCUUGGUAUCUUAUAAUCUGGCGGAAAAAUUAUCUGCGCAGCCCAUCGCCCUCGCGCUCGCUCGUAGAGCAACCGGAGGAACUGGAAACGCAGAUUCGACCUACCUUCUUCGAAAUCCACAGGUUACCAGAAAAGACGACUACACGUACUUUCCGGGCAUCGGUGGCUACAAGCUGCACUCGAAAGCAGUUUCGUGGAACCAAGCUCGAUUCAUCUGCGAAGAGGAAGGCGGGCACCUGGCCAUCAUCAAUUCUUGGGCCGAGAGGGAUGCAGUGGUGACGGUGCUCAAAGCAACAAACCCACAUCCGGAUUAUGUCAGUCUGGGUUUCCACGAUCUUUGCCGGGAGGGCCACCACAUCACUAUUCACGAGGAAACUCUGGCCAAUGCUGGGUUCGACGAAUGGGCGAAAGGAGAACCCAAUAAUAAAUAUGGCUCUGAAAAUUGUGGAUCUUUACACUCGAGUGGCGGGCUCAAUGACCACAGAUGCGAGGAAUCACUUCCUUUCAUGUGCGAGCAUCCGAUCCAUUGAUUCGUUUAUAACAGUACACAAUAUGUUACACCAAUCCGAUCGUCACCCUUGGUCUGUAAUUACAAGUGAAAUGGUUAAAUACAAUAUGAAGUAAAUUUUGAACCAAUCAUAUCGGAUUUACAAUCAAUCGUUAUUCAUGUAUAGUAAUGAAUUAUAUACAAUAAAUAGAUAGCAUGCACUAUUGAGACGUCUCCAAACAAUCCCUCUAAAAUUCUUAUAACAGCUGCACCGGCCGCGCUGAUUGUAAUUAUACCGCCGGAUGAUAAUGUCUACUUAAUCAAAACUAGCGCCUGUACUACGAGGAAUGCAAAAAAAUAAAAAAAAUAAAAAGUAUCGUAUUACCUAAAAUAAAAAUUCACUCUUCAAAGAUGACGCCUCGACAUUUUUC